GGGCCCGCGCGCCCACCGGAAGGAGCGGGCGCGGCGGCGGGCGGGCGGCGCUGAUUGGCCGGGGGGUCCUGACGCCACCGCCGCUAUAAGAGGCGAGCGCGCAACCAGCUGCGCCAGACGUUCUUCGCCGAGAGUCGCCGCGGUUUCCUGCUUCAACAGUGCUUGGACGGAACCCGGCGCUCGACCCCCACCCCGGCCAGCCGCUCAGAGCCAGCCCUCCGCCACCUCCUCACCGCUCUUUCAGACCGCCCCAAGGCCUCCGCCACCGCCUCUCCUCAGCCGCCGCCAUGACGACCGCGUCCACCUCGCAGGUGCGCCAGAACUACCACCAGGAUUCGGAGGCCGCCAUCAACCGCCAGAUCAACCUGGAGCUCUACGCCUCCUACGUCUAUCUGUCCAUGUCUUAUUACUUUGACCGCGAUGAUGUGGCUUUGAAGAAUUUUGCCAAAUACUUUCUUCACCAAUCUCAUGAGGAGAGGGAACAUGCUGAGAAAUUGAUGAAGCUGCAGAACCAACGAGGUGGCCGAAUCUUCCUUCAGGACAUCCAGAAACCAGACCAUGAUGAUUGGGAGAACGGGCUGUAUGCAAUGGAGUGUGCAUUACACUUGGAAAAAAGUGUGAAUCAGUCACUACUGGAACUGCACAAACUGGCCACUGACAAAAAUGACCCCCAUUUGUGUGACUUCCUUGAGACACAUUACCUGAAUGAGCAGGUGAAAUCCAUCAAAGAAUUGGGUGACCACGUAACCAACCUGCGCAAGAUGGGAGCCCCUGAAUCUGGCAUGGCAGAGUAUCUCUUUGACAAGCACACCCUGGGAGACAGUGAUAACAGCUAAGCCUUAGGCUAACUUCCCCAUAGCCAUGGGGUGACUUCCAUGGUCACCCAGGCAGUACAUGCAUGUCGGGGUUUCCUUUACCUUUUCUGUAAGUUGUACCAAACAUCCACUUAAGUUCUUUCAUUUGUACCAUUCCUUCAAAUAAAGAAAUUUGGUACCCA